AUGUUGACAACGGCCCAGAGCUUUUAUGUUUUCAACGGCUCCUACGCUAUGUCCACAGCCCUGAUCAAAAUAUCGCUACCUCUACAAUACAUGCGGUUGUACCAACCGGGUACGCCCUUUCACAACACAUGCCGGAUACUCGUCGUGUUCAUCGGACUCUGGGGAACCGCAUACUCCAUCCUAGCAUGGGUUCCCUGUGUUCCGGUAUCUGAUUACUGGACCGUUAUCUACGAGCAAGAUAUGUCAGGACUCAAAUGUUAUGGUUACGGCUCACAGUAUGUCUCGGUGUUCACAGCCACAUACGAGAGCCAUGCUGCGGUCAACAUGAUGCUUGAUCUUGUGGUGAUGGGCUUGCCAAUUCCGCUUUACUUUGAGAGGGGAGCUCAUGGGAGGACAAGGUUGGGCCUUGUUGGCAUUAUUGCCAUGGGGACAAUGGUCAACGUUUUCUCAAUCUGGCGCUUCGCCACUACCAUGCAGCACAGAGCCGCGACGUAUCCGACCUUCGACCCGACUUGGUACGGCCCGAUCACUAUUGUCAUGGCCGGUUUGGAGACAGCCACAUCGUGCAUGUGCGCCAGCAUUCCUAUCUUCUGGGGACCGCUGGUGACAUCGGCAUCGCAACUCCUUGGACAAAUUUUCGUGACGAAGGAAGUUCACGUCACGACGGAGCGCCGAUUUGACACUUUCGGGAGCAACGAAACGUUCCACCAGGUUGAGAUGCAGGGUCCGGGGAUUGGCUAUGAGGAGGACACUAUUUAUUUUGGGCAGAGAUCAGGAUCGCGACUUGAAUGGGUGAGCAAGGAUGGGACCCAGCAUUACACUGAGACAUGGCCGGGCUAUGGCGUCGAUGGGAAAAUGUGGGAUGGUGGGAGAGUCUGA